AAAAUAUCUACAUGAUAGGAAAUAUCGCAGGUCUUCUAUUUACAAUAAUUUAUAUGAAGUUCUUGGGUAGAAAAAUAAUUGUAAUAUUGGCCGCCAUAAAACACGUAAUAGCAUGGAUAUUAAUAGCAACAGCAACCAGAAUAGAAGUUCUUUAUUUUGCACGAUUCCUUGCUGGUGCAGCUGGUAAUAUAGCUUUUGUUUCACUGCCAAUGUACGUUGCAGAAAUAGCCGAUGAAAGUAUUCGAGGAUUCCUAGGAACAUUUAUUUACAGUAACAUGAUUCUCGGUGUCCUAGUGAUAUAUAGCAUCGCGCCCUUCACUACAAUAGCAAUUUCUUCUAGCGUAGGAGCAGCGUGUGUAACGCUUCAAGUGUUAACCUUCAGUUUUAUGCCUGAAUCGCCAUAUUAUCAUAUCAUCAAAGGAAAUCAGGAAGCCGCUUUAAAAUCUCUUCAAACCUUCCGAAGAAAGGAAGAUGUUUAUGAGGAACUUAAGGACAUUACGAGCGCUGUUCAAAGACAGGAAUCGGAAAAAGGAAGGAUCAUUGACAUAUUUAUUGUCAGGAGUAAUCUCAAAGCAUUUAUUAUAGCAAUCACCCUCAAUCUUGCACAGCAUUUCAGUGGUAUAAGCGUUUUGUUAAUGAAUCUUCACACAAUUUUAGCGGAUGCUGAAUCAAUUGUUUCUCCAGAGACCGCUCCAAUCAUCAUAGCUGCGACUAUGCUUAUUGCUUGUAUAGCAUCAUCCUUUAUUAUAGAUAAAUUUGGAAGAAAAAUUCUUCUCGUUAGUUCCAGUAUUCUGACAGGAUUAUCUCUUACUGUAUUGGCCACCUAUUUUUACAUUAAAAACUCUGAUGAUGAUAUUUCUCACCUUAAUUGGAUCCCUGUCGUAUCCGUUACAUUGUAUUCGUUGUUUUUCAAAUUUGGUCUUGGAAUGGUUCCCAUUAUAUUUUUGGGAGAGUUAUUUCCUACUAGCGUCAAAGCAAUGGCAAUGAGCAUGGUUGACAUAUCUUACGGUGUGUUUGCAAUUGCAUCUGUUUAUUUGUACAUUCAUCUGAGUUCUUUGUACGGAAUGCACGUUCCGUUCUUCAUUUUCGCAGGAUUGUGCAUAUUUGCAGCGUUGUUUUCACAAUUUUUCAUACCCGAAACCAAAGGUAAAACGUUAGAAGAAAUACAAAUGAUGUUAAAGGGCAUGUGAUGUCUAAUACAUUAUAAAUAUUUGUACAUAGGAAAUAAUCGGUUAGCGAUAGCCAUUUGAUAAUUUGAUCAGAAUUCCUGAAGAAAGAAGAAGUGUACUACUGAAGUUCCUGCUUACACAUUUCUUACUAUAACCGAUAUAUUAAGACUCUUUUUAAUGAGUAUUGCAGUUGGUGUAGAUUUUAAAAAAUAAUUAUUGCAAAAAAAAAAA